GGAAUGAACGAUCCAAUGGAGCAAAGUAAUGCACGAUGGGAGUGGUUCCGUUAUGAGGUCACCGUGAGGGUCUGAUUGAACAGGGGGCGCAGCAGCAGGCGGAGAGUUGCACUGGAUGAUGAUAAACAUGAGAGAGAGAGAGAGAGAGAGAGAGAGAGAGAGAGAGAGAGAGAGAGAGAGAGAGCGAGACAGAUAGAGAGACACACACUGAAUAUGCGAUAGCAAGAAACAGUUUAUUUCAAUUAGGCUGGUAAAGCGAAUCUCGGAUAGGAAGGUGACCAGAGGAUUGCGCUUCUACGCGAGGGAACAUAUAUUAUAGAGCCGUUCUGUUGCAGUUACAGACGAGCUGAGCAGGAAGAAUUCCCUUGCUUUCUGAGAGCGAGAAGGAGUGACUCUGAGACAAUGAGACAUAAGAACAGUGAAGAAAGUUUCAAUUUCUAAAGCAAACUGAAACUCACGACUACAGCGCGGAACACAGAAACCAUGCACUCUAUAUACAGUGUGGGGUAAUUGCCGUUUCAUGCGCAUUUUAACGGAGUGUUUUCUUUCCUGGUUUACAAGAACCAGGACAAAAGUUUAUCUAACGGAACGUAUAACAACAUACAGCAAAAAUCUAGACUGUUUAACGGAACGUUGAGCCUUUUAGAAGAACUGUGGUGUUCUUCGCAUUGCAUAGCUUAGCUGGUAUUCUCUACCUCGCUGGACUGGUGAUUUGUGGGUCCGCGGGCGGGUUGUGGAUAUAUAUAUUUUUUUUCUCCCAUGGCCUCUGCUAGGAUGUACUUUAUAACGAGAUGCAUCUUAAUAUCCAUGAUUUGGAAGAGCAACCGGGCUCUUUUAUGUCUGCCGUGUGAUGAAUCUAAAUGCGAGGAGCCAAAGCAUUGCUCUGGCGCCGUGGUGCUCGGUAUCUGCGGCUGCUGCUCCGUCUGCGCCAAACAGAAAAACGAGAGCUGCGGUGGUGUCUACGGUCUGUACGGGACUUGUGACCGGGGGCUCCGGUGCGUGAUCAGACCGCCGCUGAACGGUGGAUCCAUCACGCAGUAUGAAGUCGGAGUCUGUGAAGAUGAAAACUGGGACGACGACCAGUUGUUGGGAUUUGAGCCGUGCAACGAGAACCUGAUCACGGGCUGCAACAUCAUUGAUGGGAAGUGUGAGUGUGACAGCAUACGGACCUGCAACAACCCCUUUGAGUUCCCCAGCCAGGACGCAUGCCAGGCCGCUCUGAGGAAGAUUGAAGAGGAGCGGCCUGACUGUUCCAAGGCGCGGUGUGAGGUGCAGUUCUCACCCCGCUGCCCUGAGGACUCGGUGCUAAUCGAAGGCUACGCACCCCCUGGAGAGUGCUGUCCCCUGCCCAGCCGCUGUGUCUGCAGCCCUGCAGGGUGCCUGAGGAAGGUGUGCCAGCCUGGAUACCUCAACAUUCUGGUGUCCAAGGGCUCUGGGAAGCCUGGAGAAUGCUGCGAUCUAUACGAGUGCAAACCAGUGUUUAGUGUGGACUGCAGCACAGUGGAGUGCCCUCGUGUCCAGCAGGUUCAGUGUCCACCUGACAGCUAUGAGACCCAGGUGCGUCUCACCGCAGACGGCUGCUGCACCCUUCCCACCAGGUGUGAGUGUUUGCCCGGCCUGUGUAGGUUCCCGCAAUGCACUGCCGGGAGCUCCCCCGAGGUGGUCUUCCACGGCAACGGUAACCCCGGGCAAUGCUGUGAUGUGUACGAGUGCAUCAACGAGACCAAACCAGCGUGCAGCUUCAACGGGUCGGAGUACCAUGACGGAGACAUGUUCCGAAUGGAUGCCUGCCGCUUUUGUCGAUGUCAGGGAGGGGUGUCGGUGUGCUUCACCGCCCAGUGUGGCAUCUUGCACUGUGAACGCUACUACGUCCCUGAGAGGGAGUGCUGCCCUGUCUGUGAAGACCCCAUCUACCCAGUGCUGAACUUUGCCGGUUGCUACGUGAGCGGGGAGAUCCUCGCACACGGAGACCACUGGCGUGAAGACGACUGUACGUUCUGCCAGUGUGUGAGCGGCAAUGCCCGGUGUGUGGCUGCCGCCUGCGGGCACAGCUGCCUCAACCCUGUGACUGUACCAGGAGAGUGCUGCCCAGUGUGUGAGGAGCCCACCUACAUCACGAUGGCGCCCCCUACCUGUCAGUCAUUAGAGAACUGCUCCCUGUCUGAGAAGGACUGCUUAUACGGAUUCCGACAGAACCUGAACAGCUGUCGCACCUGCCACUGCAAGACACGAGAAGAGCUGUGCAGUGCCCUGACCUCUGACUGUACCCUGAAGUGUCCAUUCGGCCUGCAGACAGAUGCCCACGGCUGUGACGUAUGUCAGUGUCGCCCCAGACCCAAGAAGUGUAAGGCUGUGGUUUGUGACAAGGCCUGCCCCUUCGGAUUCAUAAAGAACAAGCAUGGUUGUGACAUCUGCCGCUGUAAGAAGUGUCCAGAGUUACCUUGUGACAAACCCUGUCCAAUGGGCUUCCAGCAGGACGAGUUGGGCUGCCUGAAGUGCCAGUGCAGAGACCAGAGCUCCUCAUCAGUCGCCCCAUCAGUGAAAAAGGGCUCAUGUCUGUCCAUGGAUGGAAGACGGCACGAGAAUGGGGAGAACUGGCAUGAUGGCUGCCGGGACUGUUACUGCCACAGUGGCAGGGAGAUGUGUACCCUCAUCUCGUGCCCCGUGCCAGCCUGCGACAGCCCUGCCAUACGGACUGGACAGUGCUGCCCAUCCUGCCCAGAUGAGCCUAGCUCCCACAAGCCAGACCUGGGGGACUCGUCAGUGUGCCUGGCCCCGGGGGGAGAGUACUUUGUGGAGGGGGAGACGUGGAACAUCGACGCCUGCACCCAGUGCACCUGUCACAGUGGGCGUGUCCUGUGUGAGACAGAGGUGUGCCCGCCCUUGCUCUGCCAGAGUCCAAUCAGAACGCAAGACUCCUGCUGCCCUCACUGCCCAGACGAGCCCAUCACUCCCCAAUCUCCCAGUAAUGACAGCAUGCCCAGCUACUGCAGGAACGAGGAGGGAGACAUCUUCCUGGCCGCAGAGUCCUGGAAGCCCAACACUUGCUCCAGCUGUGUGUGUCUGGACGGUCAGAUCAGCUGCUUCUCAGAGUCCUGCCCACCUGUUGGCUGUGCCAGGCCCGUGCUACGCAAAGGACAGUGCUGCCCCUAUUGCCUCGAUACCACACCGCGAGCCGUGUGCCACUUCAAUGGGAAGACAUAUGCAGACGAGGAGCGCUGGGACAUAGACAGCUGUACACACUGCUACUGCCUUCAGGGACAGACCCUCUGCUCUACUGUCAGCUGCCCCGCCCUGCCUUGCCACCAACCCACCAUAGUGGAGGGCAGCUGCUGCCCCAUGUGUUCAGAGAUGUACGCACCAGCCCCCACCAACGUGCCCAUCGAGAAGACAGACCAGCAUGGAGACAGGAACCAGGCUGCCUGGCCCACACGCAGUGAAAAUGACAUCAUGCCCCAGUUCAGAGGGGACUUUGGUAGUCUCCAAAUGCCCUAUCUGGAUGGGAAGACCCCAGUUCCCAGUGAGGACACCAAACUGCACUCUGUGGCUUGGGUGGCACUGCCCAUCGUCAUGAUGCUCUUCACCAUCACAGCUCUGCUCUACGUCAACCAGAAGAAGCAGUGGAUCCCUGUGCUCUGCUAUCGCACCCCCACUAAGCCCACCUGCCUCAACAACCAGUUGGUGUAUGUUGACUGCCAGAAAGGUACCAAGGUGCAGGUGGACAGUUCGCAGCGCAUGCUCCGGAUCGCCGACCCUGAUUCUAGGUACAGCGGUUACUACAGCAUGCAGAAACAAAACAACUUCAACAACCUGCAGGCCGACAACUUCUACCAGACUCAGUGAGACAGACUGGCCUCGCCUCGUGUCCUGUACUCAGCAGUCAGCAAGCAGCCAAAACCAGAGAGAGAGAGAGAGAAUGAGAGAGCACCUUACCUACAGUACCUUCAGAACAACUAUGACUUACCACAGACAGACAAAGACAUGUCACCAAACCUAUAAGAUGACAAGAUCACUAGCAAACUAGCAAAGAUCACUCCAAACAAAAAAAGAACAGACAGACAAUUGACAAUGUCCUCAAGAUUAAUAACAAACCAAACAAAAUAGAAUAGAAUUAGGAUUAUGAUGACACAAUGGGAGAACCAGAAUCUAGACUUUCCCUAGAUUAUUAUUAUAAAAAAUGAUUGUGAGUGAUUGUGAGUGAGUGUUACGUGUGUGUGUGUGUGUGUGUGUGUGUGUGUGUGUGUGUGUGUGUGUGUGUGUGUGUGUGUGUGUGUGUGUGUGUGUGUGUGUGUGUGUGUGUGUGUGUGUGUGUGUGUGUGUGUGUGUGUGUGUGUGUGUGUGUGUGUGUGUGUGUGUGUGUGUGUGUGUGUGUAAAGUUAGAUAUGAAGCUUUGGGAUUAGGACAAACUGGGUAUUUUUCAAGCUAUGGUAUUUUCCUGCAUUCCUGCUUCCUUGAAAAAGGCCUUUGAAGAGAUAAACCGAAUAAUCCAAGCUAUUGUUUUCUGUUGAACACUGAACUUUUAGAACCAAAGCUCCUCCGACUGUCUGUCAAAUAAAAAUCACACCCUGUGAGAGUGAGGCUAGAGGAACGCUGUGGCCUGUCUGAGCUGAGCUAAGCCAUGGCAGGACGGACUGACGACUGCCGGACUUCAUGUGGCGACUCAGACGAAAGAGAGUGAACGAAGGAAAGAAAGAGAGGUCAGACACCGUAGACCCCAUCACAGACAGAACUCAACUGAGCACCUCUCAGGUCUGUUCAAGCUGGACUAUUCCUCCCUUCUUUCCUUCCUCUUUUCCUCCCCUCCUUUGAAAACGUCAAAAUUGGCUAGUUGUCUUUUCUUUUCCUGUGGAACGUCACCUGUUGGAAAGGAAGUGGACAGAAAGAAAGAAGCGCCACUCGCUCCGUCACCAGGCUGUUGUUCUCCCUGGUCAGUCGUUUGGAUUUCUAAUAUCUGUUUAUUUUUCUUGGAUGUUCUCAUUUUCCUCGUCAUUUUCAAAUCUCCGUCAUAAUUUGGCUAAAUGUAUUUAACAUCAAAGGACAAGUUGACUUUCACUCACUCCAAACAAUGGUGUCUUUUAUUUUGGAUAAAGAAUAAAGGGGUUCCGGUUGAUAAAGGCAGGAUGAAGCGAGUGUAUUUCUUGAGGACUUGCGCAUAUGCUUUAUAAGUGCUGCUUUGCUUCUGUAAGUCUGUUUUCCACUGAGUCACACACACAUAGAGAUACUCUUUGGCUCCUUUAGGAAACACUGAGAAUACAAGGAAACAUAGUAUCAUCGAAUAUGUUCAAAUGUCUUUUCUCUUGGGGUCUCUGAAGACGAGCUACGGUAAAAGUAGCUCUUUGAUAUUUUUCCUCCUUCCUUUUGUUUUGUUUUACUGGCUGUGCGACUAACAGUCUCUUCUGGAGGCUGUUGCAUCACCUCGUUUUACCCAAGCACCUUUGUUAUUUUAUUCUUUGCAAAAAAUAAAAUUGGUUUCAAACAUUA